GCGGCGCAUGCGCGGGCUGUUUGGGGCUGUGGGGAGGGCUCGCGCCGAGCCGGAGCAGCUGCGGAGAGGCUGCUGGGCUCCGCCGAGGUCGCCGCUCCCGCUCCUCGCUUCGGCCGCCGCAGUUUCCAAGCCGCCGCCGGGGGAGCGGCCGCUUAUUGUCUUUCUCCGCGGCCAAGGUGCGGAGCUGCUCCAGCUCGGCCCGCGGGGGAGCCCCGGGCACCGCACGUGUCCUGGGUCAUGAAACUUAAUCCACAGCAAGCUCCAUUAUAUGGCGACUGUGUCGUUACUGUAGUGCUCGCGGAAGAGGACCAAGUGGAAGAUGACGCAGUCUUUUACUUGGUGUUUUCGGGUUCCACCCUCCACCACUGUACAAGUACUCGGAAGGUCAGUUCCAAUACGCUGGAGACCAUUGCUCCUGGUCAUGACUGCUGCGAGACAGUGAAGGUGCUGCUCUGCGCUUCCAAAGAGGGCCUGCCCGUGCUCGUGGUGGCGGAGGAGGACUUCCGGUUCAUCCAGGACGAGGCCUACGACGCAGCCCAGUUCCUGGCCACCAGCGCCGGCAACCAGCAGGCCCUGAACUUCACCCGCUUCCUGGAUCGCUCAGGACCCCCGUCCACGGACGUGAACUCCCUCGAUGAGAAAGUCGCCCUGGCCUUCAGGCACCUGAAGCUGCCAGCGGAGUGGAAUGUGUUGGGGACAGACGCAGCCUCACACGAUGGUGGCCCCCGAGAGACGUUGAUGCAUUUCGCUGUGCGGCUGGGGCUGCUGAGGUUGACGUGGUUCCUGCUGCAGAAGCCAGGUGGCCGCGGAGCUCUGAGCAUCCACAACCAGGAAGGAGCGACACCUGUGAGCCUGGCCUUGGAGCGGGGUUAUCACAAGCUGCACAGGCUCCUGACCGAGGAGGAUGCUGGAGAACCAGACUCCUGGAGCAGUUUGUCCUAUGAAAUCCCUUACGGAGACUGUUCUGUGAGGCAUCACCGAGAGCUGGACGUCUAUAUGCUAACCUCCGAGUCUGAACCACACCAGGAGCCCCCACUACCUGGAGACAGUUGCACUGGACAUAUUUUUAAACUUAUGAACAUCCAACAGCAGCUAAUGAAAACAAGCCUCAAGCAGAUGGACAGUCUCAUGCCCUCAGCGGUGACAGCACAGGAACCUUCAGGUCCCCCCCGUGACCAGGAUGCAGUUGGUCACUUUCUUCCCCAAGCGUCAGAGCCCACACCCAGCCAGCAGCUUGCCUCUGCUGAAGCUGCUGAGAGCUGUCAGCGCUGCCGGGGGAGCACCGUGGGGCAGACAGAGAGCUCCUGUGAUGUGUCCGGUGUGACCGAGGAGGAGGAUACAGACCCUUCCUGCAGGAAGAAGAGCACAGGUGUGGCGAGAACAGGAGGUGAGGUGGGGCCAGCACCUGUCACAGACCCUGGGGCGGCGUCUGCUCCCGACAGCUGCGUUCCGAGCGUGCCCGAUGGCAGAGGAGAGGACCCAGAAGGCCUUCCGUCCUGUGAAGUCAGAGAUGAAGAAACUACGUCUUUGGCGGUGGCCCCCGACGUGGGGUCCACAGGCAGCGUCCUGCAGGGGGCCCUGGCCCAGGCCUGCCCUGGAGGCAGGCCGGUGGUCGCUUCACCAGCAGGUGCCAGUGCCCCCGAGGCUGCAGGAGAAAGGGAACAUGGCCUCGUGCACCCCAGUGCUGCCAUCGAGGGGAACAUGCUUGAAGUGGAAGAGAGUAUGAAGAGACAGUUUGAGGACCCCAGUAUCAGCAUGGCUGGAGCCUCUGCCGGAAAAGUCACAGACAAGCCUGUGGAUGGAGCCAGCCUUCCAGACGGUGUCUUGGCCGCCAGUCCCCUGGAUGCUGACAAACCUGCAGAAUCGAUCCUUGCAAUUAGUAAUGGCAAAGCUGCCAUUGACCAAACUGCAGAAACCGAAAUUUCUAAAAGCUGUACAGAGAGUGCUCACACUUCAGGAGCCCAGAACCCUCAGUUAAUUCCAGCUGCUGCAGGCAACGAGGUUUCAGAAGGGCUCCGACCCAACACUCCCUUAGCCAGUGUGUGUGCACCAGGGUCGCCCUCUGAUUUAACCUUGUCCGGGCCUCACAAAGAUGUGACGCCUACCCCAGAAUCAGAAGCGCAGUCAUCUAGUGUUCACAGCCAAGACAGCGAAUCACCCAUCUGCUCCACAGCUGGGAGUGAUAAACUUUGCACAGCCCCUGGGUGUCAGCCAAGCACAGGGACGUCUGGUGGCGUGUCGCUUGCAGAACACCGUGACGACACGGCCCCCCAGCCUGAGAGCACGACCACAGAACAGCUCGGCACACGGCCCCCGCCCACUGCCAGCUGCCCGAGCGGCCCGCUGGCCAACUCCACCCAGAACACCCCAGACACCCCAGAACGUGUGGGUGCUUCUCCUCUCCAAGUUUCAGAUAAAGAAAGCCAAGGAGAAGAUCUGAAAGCGGAGCGCUCGUCAGCAGAUCCGGCUGAGGUGGUUCCACACCUGCAGGCCGCUCCCCCCAAGGCUGAGAAAGAAGGGGUGUCGUGCCCGGCUGUGACACCAGGCGGGACUGUCUGUCUGGCAGGCAGUCCCAGCAGUGAAUCAGUAACCAAGGAUGACGCACUCUCGCUCGUCCCCUCCCAGAGUGAAAAGGGAAGAGCAGCCCUCCAACCACACACAGGUGGUGGAGAUGGGCCUGACGGAGACGCGAGACGUCCGGAGGAGCAGCCUCCAGAAGGCGGCGCGGCGGGCCUGGGCCCACUCCCCGUGGCCCUAGACCCACCACCCGGCAUGGGGAACACCGGCCCCGGAGGACUCACUGGGGCGCAGGAGCGCCCCUCCCCCUCAGCGGCCCCCGAAGCCCCGGCCGUCGAGGGGGCCACCGCCUCCGCCCUGCUUCCUGGGGGUCAGGCCACUGCGACUGAAGGAGGAAGAACUCAGGUGGUUCCUGAGGGCCCAGGAGGCCAGGGCAAAGCCCGGACCUGUCCCACCACUGAGGAUGGCGCUCUCUGCUCAGAAGCAUCGCAGGAAGAGUACAGACCACCGCCUCCUGUGCCAGAGGCCCCAGGGGUCCCCGAAGAGCCCGGCACAGCAGCUGGGGCAGAGGACAGAGCGCUGCAGCCCGGCAACUCCCUGGGCACACCCUUGGCCCGUCUUCAUGCAGAAGCUAAACCCAACAAGGAAGUGGCCCCAGCAGCCUCCCGGCCGACGGGAGGUGGGGCCGCACAGAGCCUGGUGCCACCAGGAGCCGGUCUGGCUGCAGACUCCAGCCAGGACGCCCCAGGUACAGAGCCGAGCAGCUCAGCUCCAGCGCCAAGUCUGUUAGCAGGUGGGUCCGAGGCGCCGAACUGCAGUCCAGCUUCCUCGGCUCCAGAUGCUGAGGUGGAAAACACCCCGUCCCUGGGGAAGAGCGCCGGGUGUGAGGUGAGUGGAGAUGCAGUGAUGGACGGAGAUGCAGUGAUGGACGGUGCCCGGGUCCGUGGUCUACAAGCAGCCCUCGGGGCCAGGAUGGAGGAUGGAUCUCACAACGCCCCAGACGCCUCGUCCUGCCUGGAGGAGAAUACGAUCCUGGGUUUGCCUGGAGCUUCACCAGCCGCAGGCGCGACUGACCCCCAGGGCACUGCGCCCCCGGAGCUGGUGGCGCCUCCGGGUGGGGAGAAGAAGCUGGAGGGAGCAGACUGUGGCUCUGUUGGCCUGCAGGAGGCCCAGGGGGACAGUCAGGCGCAUCGCGACCCUCCUCAGCCUGCGGGUGGAGAACGCCCCCCAGAGACGGGGCCCUCGGGUGAGGCAAGGGGUGCCCCCGCUCUGCCUUGCACUGUCUCCACCAAAGCCCUGCAUCGGCCCGAGGGUGCCGACUCCAUCGAGGAGGCCGCCAGCCGCAUCGUGGAUUCCGUCAUAGAGCAAGUCAAGGCCUCCGGAGCACUGAUGACAGAGGGGGCUCCCGCGCACGGGUCACUGCCCAGGCCUCCCAGUGCGGUCCCAGGGACGGAGCCCACAGCGCGUGCUUCCGCCGGGGAGACGAGCCCCCUGCAGCCUGCGGAGACCCCGCCUGUGGACAGUGGUGGCAGAGAAGCCUCUGGGAGCCUUGAGCAGUGCUUUGCUGGAAGCGAGGAGCCAGAGAUUAUUCUGCCUGUCCAGGGACCUGCACCAGAGACAGAAAUGCCCGACACGAAAGCUGAAGAUGAAGUGGAUUUUCUGAGUAACACUCGGGAGAGUUCAGUGUCUGAAGAGGUGGCUCUGGGAAACAGAACUUCUACGCCAGAGGUGAAACAAGGCCCGAAGACCCAGGCGAUAAACCGAGAAAACUGGUGUACCAUUGAGCCGUGCCCUGACGCAGCAUCUCUUCUGGCUCCCACGCAGAGCCCAGAAUGUGACAGCUUCCUGGAUGUUGGACUAGGCCGAGAGUGUGCCUCAAAACCAGGUGUCCUUAAACGAGAAUCUGGGAGCGAUUCUGACCUUUUCCACUCGCCCGGUGAAGACGUGGACAGCAUUGUCUUCUCCAAGCCCGAGGAGGAGCAGUUGGCCUGCGACACCACUGGAUCCAGCUCCUCCACCGAUGACACGGCGUCCCUGGGCCGGCACUCGUCUCACGGCAGUGAUGUGUCCCUCCCCCGGAUUUCCAGCUUGAACAGGUCCAGAGACCCGCAGUGUCUCAACGGCUUCUUCAGCCAUGGGGUGGGAGCUGAGGGUCGAGAGAGCGAGAGCGAGCCUGCUGGCUCGGGUGAGAUGGAGGAGGAGGAGAUGGACAGCAUCACCGAGGUGCCCUCGAGCUGCUCUGUCCUGCGGAGCUCCAUGCGCUCUCUGUCCCCUUUCCGGAGGCACAGCUGGGGUCCCGGGAAGAACGCAGCCAGCGACGCAGAAAUGAACCACCGGAGUUCAAUGCGAGUUCUUGGGGAUGUUGUCAGGAGGCCUCCCAUUCAUAGGAGAAGUAUGAGCUGGUGUCCCUCUGGUGUGCAAUAUUCUGCUGCCCUGAGUGCUGAUUUUAAUUACAGAAGUUUCAGUCUAGAAGGCUUGACAGGAGGAGCUGGUAUUGGAAACAAGCCGUCCUCAUCUCUAGAAGGAAACUCUUCAAACACCAAAGAACUCAGGCACCCUUUUGGUGGCCAGGAAAGGGGUGACUCUCUGGUGUCGCUUUCAGAAGAGGAUCUUGAGUCAGGCCAGAGGGAGCACAGAAUGUUUAAUCAGCAGACGUGUCACAGAUCUAAACAACAGGGAUUUAAUUACUGUACAUCAGCCGUUUCUUCUCCACUGACAAAAUCCGUCUCAUUACUGACAAUCAGCCAUCCUGGGUUGGACAGUUCACGGCCCUUCCACAGCACCAGCUCUAAUCUGACUGGGAGUAUAACAGAAGAGAACUUUAAUUUCCUGCCACAAAGCCCCAAGAAAGAUUUUGAAAUAAAGAGUGGAACUAAAGUCAGUCGUACAUUCAGCUACAUCAAGAACAAAAUGUCCAGCAGUAAAAAGAGCAAGGAAAAGGAAAAAGAAAAAGAUAAAAUUAAGGAGAAGGAGAAAGAGUGUAAAGAGAAGGAGAAGGACAAGAAGAGUGUGAACGGGCACGCUUUCAGUUCCAUCUCGAUUGUGGGUCCCAUUGUCUGCAGCCAGUGUAUGAAGCCCUUCACCAGCAAAGACGCCUACACGUGUGCAAAUUGUGGCGCCUUGGUCCACAAAGGCUGUAGAGAAAGUCUGAUCUCCUGUGCAAAGGUCAAGAUGAAGCAGCCCAAGGGGAACCUGCAGGCGCACGACACGUCCUCGCUGCCCACGGUCAUCAUGAGGAGCAAGCCCUCCCAGCCCAAGGAACGCCCUCGGUCUGCUGUCCUUCUGGCCGAUGAGACCACUACUGCCACCAUAUUUUCCAACAGACGGUCCCAGCAGAGCGUCAUGCUUUCCAAAAGCGUCUCCAUUCAGAACAUCGCUGGAGUUGGCAACGAUGAGAACAUAGCGAACACCUGGAAGUUCCUGUCCCACUCAACAGACUCACUGAAUAAAAUCAGCAAGGUCAACGAGUCCACAGAGUCGCUUACUGAUGAGGGAGUAGGUACAGACAUGAAUGAAGGACAGCUAAUGGGAGAUUUUGAGACUGAGUCCAAACAGCUGGAAGCAGAGUCUUGGAGUCAGAUCGUGGACAGCAAGUUUCUGAAACAGCACAAGAAAGAUGUUGUCAAGCGGCAAGAAGUGAUUUACGAGCUGAUGCAGACGGAGUUCCACCACCUCCGCACCCUCAAGAUCAUGAGCGACGUCUACAGCCGGGGCAUGAUGGCCGACCUGCUCUUCGAGCAGCAGAUGGUGGAGAAGCUCUUCCCCUGCCUGGACGAGCUCAUCAGCAUCCACAGCCAGUUCUUCCAGCGGAUCCUCGAGCGGAAGAAGGACUCCCUGGUGGAUAAAAGCGAGAAGAACUUUCUCAUCAAGAGGAUCGGAGACGUGCUUGUGCAGCAGUUCUCGGGGGAGAAUGCCGAACGCUUAAAGAAGACGUACGGCAAGUUUUGUGGGCAGCACAACCAGUCCGUGAACUACUUCAAAGACCUCCACACCAAAGACAAGCGCUUUCAGGCCUUCGUGAAGAAGAAGAUGAGCAGUUCGGUCGUCCGGAGGCUGGGAAUCCCUGAGUGCAUAUUGCUUGUAACCCAGCGGAUCACCAAAUACCCAGUUUUGUUCCAGAGGAUACUGCAGUGUACCAAAGACAACGAGGUGGAGCAGCAGGACCUGACGCAGUCCCUGGGCCUGGUGAAGGACGUGAUCAGCGCCGUGGACAGCAAGGUGGCGAGUUACGAGAAGAAGGUCCGUCUGAACGAGAUCUACACGAAGACCGACAGCAAGUCGAUCAUGAGGAUGAAGAGCGGUCAGAUGUUUGCCAAGGAGGACCUGAAGCGGAAGAAGCUGGUGCGAGACGGGAGUGUGUUUCUGAAGAGUGCAACCGGGAGGUUGAAAGAGGUCCAAGCGGUCCUGUUGACUGACAUCUUGGUCUUCCUUCAAGAAAAAGACCAGAAGUACGUCUUUGCGUCAUUGGACCAGAAAUCGACAGUGAUCUCUCUGAAGAAGCUGAUUGUGAGGGAAGUGGCGCACGAGGAGAAAGGCUUGUUCCUCAUCAGUAUGGGGAUGAAGGACCCGGAGAUGGUGGAAGUCCACGCCAGCUCCAAGGAGGAGCGCAGCAGCUGGAUUCAGAUCAUCCAGGACACGAUCAACACCCUGAACCGAGACGAAGAUGAAGGAAUUCCUAGUGAGAACGAGGAAGAAAAGAGGAUGUUGGACACCAAGGCCCGGGAGUUAAAAGAGCAACUUCAGCAAAAGGACCAGCAGAUCCUGCUCCUGCUGGAAGAGAAGGAGAUGCUUUUCCGGGACAUGACUGAGUGCAGCACGCUCUUGCCAGAGGACUGCUCCCCAACCCACAGCUGUAGAACCCUCUUCCGCUCCAACACCGAAGAGGCUCUCAAAGGAGGACCUUUAAUGAAAAGUGCAAUAAAUGAAGUGGAGAUCCUGCAGGGUCUGGUGAGCGGCAGCCUAAGAGGCUCGCUUGGGCAGGUCGUCAGUAGCCCUGCAGAACAGGAGGGUGUGGUCGGCCCUGUGUCCCUGCCCCGGAGAGCGGAGACCUUUGGAGGGUUUGACAGCCAUCAGAUGAAUGCUUCAAAAGGAGGUGAGAAGGAGGAGGGAGACGAUGGCCAGGACCUCAGGAGGACCGAGUCGGACAGUGGUCUGAAAAAGGGUGGAAAUGCUAACCUGGUAUUUAUGCAUAAGAGAAACAGUGAGCAGGUCAUCCAGAGCGUCGUCCAUCUCCACGAGCUCCUCAGCGCUCUGCAGGGUGUGGUGCUGCAGCAGGACAGCUACAUCGAGGACCAGAAGCUGCUGCUGAGCGAGCGGGCGCUCACGCGGACGGCGUCGAGGCCCAGCUCCCUCAUCGAGCAGGAGAAGCAGCGCAGCCUGGAGAAGCAACGGCAGGACCUGGCCAACCUGCAGCGGCAGCAGGCGCAUCACCAGGAGGAGAAGCGGCGGCACGAGCGCGAGUGGGAGGCCCGCGAGAGAGCGCUGCAGGAGCGCGAGGCGCGCCUGGCGCAGCGCGAGGACGAGCUGCGGCGCAGCCGCCAGGACCUGGAGCGCGAGCGCGACGAGCUGCAGCAGCGGAAGGACGCCUACCAGGGCGACCUGGAGCGCCUGCGCGCGGCCCAGCGGCUGCUCGAGCGCGAGCAGGAGCAGCUCCGGCGGGACUCGGAGCGGCUCAGCCAGGUUUCAUAUCAAAACACCAAGCUGCUGCGGAUCCCAUCCUUCUCUCCAAACCCCGAGGAGACCCCUUCGCCACCUGCACCUUCAAUAGCCAAAUCAGGGUCGUUGGACUCAGAACUCUCAGUGUCCCCCAAAAGGAACAGCAUCUCUCGGACACACAAAGAAAAGGGGCCUUUUCACAUGCUGGGUUCCGCCAGCCAGACAAACAAAGCACCAGAGGCUCAGAGCCAGACCCCCGUGUCCAUGUCCACGUCCACCCGCCUGUUCGGGUUAGCUAAGCCAAAGGAAAAGAAGGAGAAGAAGAAGAAGGGCAAAGGAAGCCGCUCACAGCCCGGGGACGGCCCUGCGUCAGAGGCGCCUGCGGAGGGGGAAGAGAUUUUCUGCUGACCGGUCCCGCUGCUGUCCUGCCUGGUGACCAUCCUCCCCCACCAUCCUGUGUGCACUCCCCCCGACCGAUGCCCACGCCCGGCGACCCUCCUCGCUGCCCCAGGGCCUGGGCCCAAGGGACAGAUGGUCCUGGGGGUCAGGGUGGGGAAGGAGGCCCAGGAUUGCCACCCAACCACUGGCCGACCCUGCUGAGGUCACAUUACAACAAGGAUAGUGGCCCCGGAAGUCCAGGCGAUGGUUGUGGACAUGUCAGGAAUGCCUCGAGGCCGAGAGGGUGUUUCCGAAUGUGGUCUGAAGCUCUGGCUGCCUUUUGAUUUGGGAGAGCAGAACCAAAAAUCAAACAGCAGGUAGUAUGCGCUUCGUCUGAACGCGUAUGGUACCCGUCUGUAUAGACAUGUGGAAUACGACGGGACUGUGCGUGCUCUACACCAGACGCCUGGAGGGCUCAGCUCAGCUCCACACAAGGGCGCUGCCUACCACCACUUGGUGGGUGCACUCCGAGUCUCAGCCGCUGGUCCCCCCAGGCUGUCUCCCGGCAAACCCACUCAUGCACACUUCACCCCCCACUUCUGCGUGUAUUUCUCAUUCAGAAGGGACGGCAAACAGUUGUGAAAACCAGUGAAAGAAGGCUCGCUGUCUUUAAAAAGCAAAUGACCCUGAAACACCUUGAUCUUGGUGUUUUGGUAACUUUAGGGGAAAAAAAAAAGUAAUGUCAUCAGAUCUAAAAGAAAUCCUGUAUUGGCUUUCCAAGAUGUUUGCCCACGGAUUCUGAGCACAGAAGAAGUAGAGCGGCCACCUCCCCGUCACCCCUGCAGAGUGACACUUUCUGGUCUUCCUGGCCAUUCGCACGUGACCACGACCCCCAGGCCGUCCCCCUGGGAUCUCACAGUGGCUCCCCAGGGAAGCCGCUCUUGCCUGCGCCCCCACCGGGGGAGAGGGUGGCCCCCCAGUGCUCCUCCGCCCGCCCCAGGGCUGCCUGCCUCUCCCUCCAGGGUGGGGUGCCCGCCUUAUCCUAGACAGCUGGCCGAAAAGCAGGUGCAGGUGGGUGCGUUGGGCGCAUGAAGUGGUUCCCUCCAAUUCAGACCAGGAGAAGAGCUGGCCCAGAGGGUACGGCCUCGGAGGGUCUCCUGUCAGGAGGCCUGGCACAGUUUUGAUUUCUCCAAGUUUUGCAGUCUAAAGUUCUGAUGGUUACUGUACUCUGUCCCUUGAAGAUGGCACAAGUGCUGUCUGCUUGUUUUUUUCCUCCUCUCUCUCUUUUUCUGUGUUUUCAUCUGUAUCCCUGGAGGCUCGUCGCCAGCCGGCAGGUGCAGGGCGUUUCCCCGUGAGGCCCCCGCACCUGCCACGCUUGCUACCCCCUCAUUGCGGUGGGGAAGACCCUGGAAAAUUCUGUGCUUCCCAUGUGGCCUUUGAUUCCUGCCUUUUGCCCCUCAGGAGCAUGGGUCUUUGAACAUAACCUUUUUAAAAACAAACAGAUCUGUACCUUGGUGCUUGUUGAUGAAUUGCAAGCUGGCCUUGCAGAUGGAGAUAUCUACCUUUCAGUUUAUUUGAAAGAGGUCUGGUUUAAAAGUUUUAGCUUUAGAUUUAUUUAUUUGUGUGCCGAGUGCGUGUGUGUGUGUCCGUGUGUGUGCGUGUGUGUGUUAAGGGUGAACACACCAGCCCAACGGUUUUGACUGUGUCCGGUCAAGCAGCCCAUGCUGCAUCCUCACUCCUCCAGGUCUAUCAAAGUGCCUUGAAGGCCCAAAGGAAAAUUUAAGGGUAGGGGGCGAAGUCCCUUUCCUUCCCUCCUCCCACCCCAACCUCAUUCUUUGACCGAGAGAAGUCUUCUUCCUUUCUUGAGAGUUAAAAAAACUCGCCACCAUGGGCUUCAUGUGCCUCGUUUUAUCACGGCGAUUUCUUACCCUUCAGAAAGGCUUUGAGAACCAGCUGAUUUUCUACUGAACCUCGAUAUGCCCCGCCCCAACCCCCCGACCAAAGACCCUGAACAUCAGAAGGUUAGGUUGCCUCCGCCGCCAGUCCCUACAGCUCCGAGGAUGGCUGGCCUGCCGUGGCCUUGCUUAGACCCCCAGGGAGCUCAGCGCUCCGUCCUGGUCACUGGUUCGGCGGGCCCACGUCCUCCUCCCGGCAUCCAUGCCCUCACACAGGCUCUCCACCAGAGGUGCCCGGACAGUUUCUGUCCGUCGCCACACAGCUGUAUUUCAGUUUCAAAGUGUCCUUUGUUCCCACCUGGUUGUGAAGUUGCAGUUGCCUCGGCUAUUUGGUGGCAGUUUUCUGAAACGAUUAGCCCUCCGCCUGCCCCCCACCUGGUCAGGUUGUGGUUGGACGAGUUUCGAAUCUGAAUCCGAGGGUGUCUCCCGCUGGCAUAGACCUGUGCUUCUCUGUGCCUUGGUCCCCUCUCCCCAUCUGGUGUGGGGUUUGGGGAGCCACCUGGGAUUGUUGCUGCUCCUGCUUUUGCUUCUGACCUCGAGGCCGCCUCCGACCUGGAGGCCUCACCUGGUCGCUGAGGUUUCUUUCCUGUGAGAAGGGGCCGCCUCUCAGGGCGACUCAGACUCGGCUCUCCGCAGCGUCCGCAAGCUGGGAAGGCAAGCUUCUCAGUUUAGGGAAUCGGGCCUGACCUCCCUUGCAUUCAGAUUUGGGGGGGGCAGAUGGAGACACCACCCAGGGUCCCAGAAUUGAGUGAGUCACCUGGAAGGAGGCUGCACCUUCUCUCAGGACUCCCGUCAUCUCAGUGGUCGCUGUCCUAGUCGGGCGACGUGUGCACUUUAAACGCUCCCCACGGUUGGCUUCACUUCCACGACAAUCAGCUGUUGACUGUUUGCUUUGAAAAUGGAGAGGGUUAACAGCAGCCCAGUUGCCGUCAUUCAGCCUUUGCCAACAUUCCCCCCUCUACCGCCAUGAGAGCGGUCUGUGGGGAGGAACUCCUUAACGAGGUUUUGGUUUUUAUUUGGAAAGGUACGAACCUUACCUUUUAUCCUCUCAUGUCUCAGGGUAAUACCACUAAAAAUUGUUUUUUGCAGACAUUCUCCUGUUACUUGUCUUCCCGAGCCCCUAGUUGCCACAGUAGGGAGCACGCACUGUAAGACCCUUGGGAUUUGUUGUCCCUUUGUUCGGAGGGUGGGUGUUAGUGUGUCUGGCUUAUAAAUAGGCCCCGCCUUAACUAAAAGGUGGCCAGACCUCCAGCCCGGGAGGCGUGGUUCACAGCGGUACUCUGUAAUUCAUCCCUCGGACCCCGAAGUUCUUUUUCCAUAGCCGGUUCUUGCUGCCGAGGAUCUGUUGUCAGCUUGGAGCUGCGGUUGUUGACGCAGCACUGACGGAGGGCCCGGUGUGCCCCAUGGACGGCCAUGUCCAGGGGCUGGGCCGGGGGGAAGUUGGGAGAAACGGACUGGAAAGUGGGCUUCAGCAGCCAGAAGAGGGUGGUUCGGAGGGGACCCCGGCCACUGUCGAGGGCUCUGGACAUGCUUGGACUGCAGACGCCCAGAGAGAAGCCUCCGCGUCGCGGUGGCGGUGGCCGAGGCACGGUGCCCACCAUCCCACAGCGGAGCCCCGGGUCACAGCCCCGCCCGGCGCUGCUGCUCCGAUCGACCCUCAGAGACAGGAAAGAAGGCCAGCGGCUCGUUUUGGUUGGCUUCAUUUUCUUUCAGUGCAGCGUAACAUUCCUAGCUAACCUGCGCUUUGAAAUCUGCCUGCUGGCCAGGUUUUAAGACGAGAAGUCUUUCAGUGCUGCCAUAAGAGGGAAAAAACAAAAACAGCAAAGGCUUCUUUCCGUGUACCAGGGGAAUCUGUCAGAAGCUUAGCCGGCCUUGAGUUCCUUCUCCAUCUUGCGAAGGUUUAAAGACGGGCAGACCCAGCUGGCUGACGUGUCUCCUGCCUGGGCCGCGCCGGCCUCUGCUCACCCCGCCCUCCCCUGCCCGGACCGCCCCGGGCUCCAGGGCUCCAGCGGGCCACCGCGGUCUCCAUUCCGUCUGAGGUUCCGGGCGUGUCACCCCACCUGAUGCGCAGGACACCCCAGGACAUGCAGGAGGCCGGUUCCCAGACACCUGAUACCUCUGCUGUCGUUUCGUCAUUUUCAGAUGCUGAAUGGACAUUUCUGUGCUGAAUCCUAUUAAAUAAAAAGGGGUUAAAACCCAGAUGCUGUAUAUUAAUUUGUAAUUAUGUAUAAAGUAAAAGCAGUUUUAAACUGUAAAGAUUUUUUUUUUCAGUGUGUUUCCUGGAAUUUUGCCACAACAUACUGGCUUUGUAUUUUAUUUAUCUUCCUUUCUAGUUAUCGGCUUCAGACCCUUGUAAAGCCCCCUUCCACCUUCCAAAAAAAUAAUAAGAAUAAUAAAUGUCCUUUAAGUCUC